AUGAGUGUGACCUCCUGGUUCCUGGUGAGCAGCUCUGGGACUCGCCACCGUCUGCCCAGAGAGAUGAUUUUCGUGGGCCGGGAGGACUGUGAGCUCAUGUUACAGUCUCGCAGUGUGGACAAGCAGCAUGCCGUCAUCAACUACAGUCCUGCCACAGAUGAGCACCUGGUGAAAGACCUGGGCAGCCUCAACGGGACCUUCGUGAAUGACCUGCGGAUCCCAGACCAGACCUACAUCACCCUCAAGCUGUCCGAUGUUAUCCGCUUCGGAUAUGAUUCCCAUGUGUACGUCCUGGAGAAGAGUCAACACAAGGUGCCAGAGGAGGCUCUGAAGCAUGAGAAGUACACCAGCCAGCUGCAGAUGGGUCUGAACAGAGAUCAGAGGGCGGAGCCGCCAGACGAGCGGCCCCGGCACGACAAAGCAGAGCGGAGCAGGACCGGCAGCCAGGGCCCAGUGUGUCGUCCCACUCCUCUGUAUGGCCAGCCGUCCUGGUGGGGAGAGGAAGAUGAUGGGAGGAAGGAUUCAAGUGCUGACAUUCAGAGAGAAGAAGAACUGCAUGCAGAAAUCCAAAGAGACGUCUCGUCUUUGGACCCAGAGGUCAAUGGACUGCUGACAGAUUACAGAGAUUCUCAGUCCAAGGAAAUCUUCCCAUAUCACCGAGAACCGAGCUACUUUGAGAUCCCAACAAAAGAUUUCCAGACGCACCCAAAAACCUUGGCAGUGGAGCUUCACGAGAUUCCGACCAAGGACACAGACAUGCCCCCCGCCCCGGCCUCCCCUCCCACCCCCACACCUCCUGUGGUGCAAAGCCACGCCUCCUUCACUAUCGAGUUUGAUGACUGCAUGCCUGGAAAGAUCAAGAUCAAGGAUCAUGUGACCAAGUUCUCUUCCCGCCAACGGAAGCAGACUGUUCCUACCAAAAACACGGUAACCACGCCCACAGAGGUGAUGUCAGCUGAGAGCAAGGUAGCUGAUUGGCUAGUGCACAGUGAUGUCAGCAUGAUGAGGAGGCGUCCAACGUGUGACGAUGUUUACAGCACCAAGAGUGACCUUGCCAUGAACGCCAAGACCCUGAAAGGCCACCAUCAUGAGGACGGGACCCAAAGCGACUCAGAAGACCCCAUCCUGCAGGGGAGGAGGAGCAAAUCUCACCACUCCGUCCAAUCAGAGCAGUCGGAGCGGUCACAGAAGACGGUGCAAUCAGGUCAGUCGAUGAACAUCCAGAAGUCUGCUCCACUGCAGAAACUCCACCAACCGCUGCAGUACUCUCCUCCCAGACUUACCAUGUCCGGCCCCGCAGCCCCUCAGAGCACUCAGUCCCUGCCAACAGACAUUCCUAAGCCAGGGCCCCCGGAGCACCUCACCCAGCAGGCCUUCAUUAUUGAGUUCUUUGAUGACAACCCGCGCAAGAAACGCUCCCAGUCCUUCACCCAUAAUCCUGCCCAUGCUGAUUCCUACUCUGCCCUCAAGGCCAAACUGGAGAGAAGGAAAGGCGGGGAGAGGCCGGUAUCCAUGCAUGGUCAUAUUCCCACCACCCAGCAGGUGACAGUGCCGCUGAAGGCUCAGGGCCCCGGUGGUCCUCAGAGGUUCAGCUCUCUGAAGAGGGAGAAGACGGAGGGAGAGAGCACCUCCUGUCGCUCUUCCUCGGGAAUCAUCAUCAGACCCUUCGGCAGUGUUGGAAAGAAGUCUAAGCUGGCCCAGGAGUUCGCCACAGAGUUCCUGAAGGAUUCUGGUGGUGGGGCACCAUCGCCGCCCCCAAUGUCUGCUCCACCUGUUAUGGUUUCGCCUGGCCGCACCCACAUCCCCUCCCCCCAGGACGCCCCCAUCCCCACUUCAAUCUCCUACCCCUCCUCUCCUGUACAGCCUCCUGCCCCUUCCCAACCCGACGUCCCCACCACAGCCCCCCUACUUCUCCCCACAGCCUCUGACCUGACUGCCUUUCCGGUCCACUCCUCUGGACCCCACAAUUUGCCCACGUUACCCCCGGGUGUCCAUGGGUUGGAUCCCAAAGGUUCAUCAAGGGUGGUGCGGACAGAGGAGGACGACAGCCUGAGCGAUGCAGGGACCUACACCAUUGAGACGGAGUGUCAGGAUAAGGAGGUGGAGGAGGCUCGUAACAUGAUUGACCAGGUGUUUGGAGUCCUGGACUCUCCUGAGUACAGUGGGGUGAACACAGGAGUGUACAGGCCUGUAAUACAUGAUGGUAAAAUGGAGCAGACUGGCCUCCUCGGUGAUGUUAACACUGUGGAUCCAAUGCAUGGCUUUAUCCCAACCACAACUGGUCCCAUGCAGGUACCAUCUGCUACUACAGUGACCCUAGAAGGACCGCGAUGGGUGUCCCGUUGGGCUAGUCUUGCCGACAGCACUGCUGGUUCUGGUUCUACUCCUCCUCAGGGGGACUUUGUAGACGAUGGUCAUUUCCUAAGUAGGUCCAUGGUGAACCCCAGCUUCGAUCUAUCCGAAUCAGAGUCAAGCAACAGCUCUCGGACCAGACGGCUGCUCCCACAGGUUCCGCCUGCAGACAAGUCAGAAAGUCUGAUGCCCAGCAUCCUGAUUCGCCAUGAAUCUUUCCCCAGCCACCAAGCGGUGGACAGCCCAUCUGCUGCACCUCGCCAGCAGGAGUCCACCAUGAGGCUAAGCGUGCAGGAUGAUGUGGACCCAGACAGCCUGAGCGACACCAGCCGUUCUGAUGAUGGAUCCAUCUUGGAACGAAACAGAAGGAGUCAGGUCCGAGCUGGAAUGGCUGCUGUCUCUCCAGAGGUCAGAGGUCAGGAGAAGUUGUCUCCCUCCACCAAAUCCACUUCCUUCUACAUUGGUUCUGAAGACAUUUCAGGUAAAUCAGACCAGGCACGAAGCCCAGUACAGUCCGAGAAGGGGCGUGACCCUCCAGCCAAAACUCCUCCCACCACCGUCCUGAUCCGACACCUGAGUGGCCAUGAACCCCGAAGGGCGGGCGUCAAGCCCAAUAGCUCUGCCCCAAACCUCCAGACACAGGACAAAGACUUGUUCCCCACUAAAGAUGUCUGUGUUUCCUCCUCCUCCUCCUUUGUCAGGCAGGAGAGCUUCACUAAAGACAGGCCCAGUGACAGUGUUCAGAUGAAGCGGCUGCCUCACAUCUCCAGCCAGCCAUCCAUUAGAGAUAUGGAGCAGAGGAGGGACAGUACACAGGAAACUCCCUCCUUCCUGAAGGAAGCAGAGGUGAUUCACUCCUCUCUGGACAGCAAGCUGCCCUCCUCUGGCUCAGGACAUAGCUCAAAGAAAGGCGGCUCCUCCAGUCAUGUGGACGACUCACUCUCUGGCGAAUCAGACGUAGACACAGCGAGCACCGUUAGCCUGCUCAGUAAUAAGAAUCUGCCGGUCACCUCCACCCACAAAAAGCGCCCAGCCAUCAGCAGCCUUCAGAAGGAGAAGUCCUCUUCCAGUCCAUCCAUCCAGGAGAAGGGUCGGCAGCUCACCGCCCGUGAGCGUCUGUCUGAGAAACGGCGAAACCAGGCAGCUGGUGAUGCAUCUAUCAAGGCAGAGGCAGCCAAACGCUUCCAGAUGAGGCGCAGUGCUGGUAAUCGUGGCUCUCUGGACCUUUCUGACGGUCAGCCAAGUUCUGGUCAGCACUGGACUGACACUGCUUCAUCAGACCAGGAAGCCAGCACCCGUCCUUCCAGCCGCAGUAAGAAAGUUGUGCUUCCUCCUCAGAAAGAAGAGAAUGGGAAGACUCCAAAGACUGCCACGCAACAGGUUCUGACCCGUUCCAACAGCCUGUCAGCACCUCGCCCCACCCGUGCAUCCAUGCUUCGCAGAGCUCGGCUGGGGGAGGCAUCUGAUAAUGAAGGUGCUGACACCGACCGGGGGUCACAGAACUCGGACCAUGUCAUCGCUCCAUCUAAAUUGUCUGCUGAGGGAAAGAAGCUGUCGAGGUUAGACAUCCUUGCCAUGCCCAGGAAGAGAACAGGCUCCUUUACAGCUCCCAGUGACACCGAGGCAUCUUCAGCAAGCCGGCCUGGCAUUUCAAACCGGACCUCAGAGCCCAUAGUCCCAACCAGGAAGACAUCAGUGGGUGAAGCCCGACAGACAGCCACACGAGGCAAGCAACCGGUCUCGAGAACUAGGUCCAAUGGAGUCAAAUACCCUAGUACGGGUGAGUACAAAAGGAGGCAAAAAGGGUCCGAUUACUCCUCUUCCUCUGAGGAGGAGUACGAGACCAAAUGCUCCUCCCACACCUCCACCUCCACCCAGACCCCCCGUGGCCAGAGGACUGCUGCCAGUCGCUCCAAAUCCGUUUCUGUGGAAACAGAGGAGGACGAGGCCCAGAGUGAGGUGGACCCCUACCAGAACUGGACCACACACAGCGCUGAGAUUGCCAAACUCAGUCAGGACCUGGCCAAGGACCUGGCCAUCCUGGCCCAGGAGAUCCACGACGUGGCAGGAGAUGGAGACAUGGCUACCAGCACCUCCCCUAGCUCUAUGCCCAAUACACCAGCCUCCCCCAUCUCUGCCCGGGAGGAGCUGGUCCAACAUAUCCCAGAGGCCAGCUUAAACUACCAGAAGGUUCCACCAGGUUCCACUGCUGGUUUGGACCUGGACACAAACAUGAAUGAGCCGCAGCCCGGUUCUAAGCAGCGCCGUCCAUGGAACCGUGAAGAGGUGAUUCUGGACAACCUGAUGCUGAAUCCUGUCUCUCAGCUCUCACAGGCCAUCCGUGAAAACACAGAACAGCUGGCCGAAAAAAUGAAGGUUCUGUUUCACAACAAGGCUGAGUUGUGGGAGGAGAUUGAGGCCAAGAUCAAUGCCGAGAAUGAGGUCCCCAUUCUGAAGACCUCCAAUAAGGAGAUCAGCUCCAUCCUGAAAGAACUCAGGAGAGUCCAGAGGCAACUUGAAGUCAUCAACACCAUUGUUGAACCUGGUGGGGGUCUUCAGACGGGAGCUGUGGGACCUGCAUCUCUUGCCCAGACUCGGCCUUCGUCCCAAGAGAAAAAAACUGCCACCAAGCCAGCGGCAACCCGAGCCCGCGGGAGUCCUCCUGCUUCCAACACCAAUGAAAGCACCAAGCGGUCACCUCGCCACCACAUGGCCUGA